AUGACUCAUUUUCCAGCAAUUUUUACAAUCGUCGCCACUAUCAUCUUGCUUCCGCUCUCUGCAUUUUUUAUAAUUCUUGGAUCCUUUACCCUGGAAAGAUGCUCCAUGGAACAUUAUCUUCCAAUCUGGAUGAUUCUUCUGGGCACUUUCUUGGCUAUCGACAGAGCUUUCGCUUGGAUUUUCGAGCUAAAUCUCUACUUUUUUAUGAAGGACAAUACGAAACCAGUUGAGGAGCUAGAAAUGUUAAAUGAGUGGGAAUUCAAAAAAUCUGGUCUAGAAUUACGGGUAUCCAAUUAUACACCGGUCACAGUAUGCGGUUUACUGUUUUUUUCUUUCGUUGGGACAUAUUUCCUUCAAAAUGUGUGGUACAUUCCGGAAUCUGGAGAUUGCAAUGACCUACUUAUCCUAACUUCAAUCAUCUUCUGUUCAAUAAUUCUUCUUCCUUGCUUUCUCGGACUAAUUUUCCUGUUUAUAUAUUGGAUUUUUCUGUGGCUCUUGUCAUGUUUUUUUGCUUGA